UUGUGGGGCGUGUCCGGUCCCGCACAAUGGGCCAUGGAGUUCCCGUUCGAUGUGGAUGCGCUGUUCCCGGAGCGGAUCACCGUGCUGGACCAGCACCUGCGGCCUCCGGCCCGCCGACCCGGAACCACAACGCCGGCCCGUGUGGAUCUGCAGCAGCAAAUCAUGACUAUUGUAGAUGAGCUGGGCAAGGCUUCUGCCAAGGCUCAGCACCUCCCUGCACCCAUCACCAGCGCUUUGAGGAUGCAGAGCAACCGACACGUUAUUUAUGUACUAAAGGACACCUCAGCCCGCCCGGCAGGGAAAGGAGCCAUUAUUGGUUUCCUCAAAGUUGGAUACAAGAAGCUCUUUGUACUGGAUGACCGUGAGGCUCACAAUGAGGUAGAACCCCUUUGCAUUCUGGACUUUUACAUCCACGAGUCAGUGCAACGGCAUGGCCAUGGGCGAGAACUUUUCCAGUAUAUGUUACAGAAAGAGCGAGUGGAACCACACCAACUUGCCAUUGACCGACCAUCACCGAAACUGCUCAAGUUCCUGAACAAGCACUACAACCUGGAGACCACAGUCCCACAGGUGAACAACUUCGUGAUCUUCGAAGGCUUCUUUGCCCAUCAACACCGGCCCCCCACUCCCUCUCUGAGGGCAACUCGACACUCUCGUGCUGCUGUGGUCGAUCCUAUACCCGCUGCUCCGGCAAGGAAGCUGCCACCGAAAAGAGCAGAGGGAGACAUUAAGCCAUACUCCUCCAGUGACAGAGAAUUCCUGAAGGUGGCUGUGGAGCCUCCCUGGCCCCUGAACAGGGCCCCCCGGCGUGCCACACCUCCAGCACACCCACCUCCACGUUCUAGCAGCCUGGGCAACUCGCCGGAUCGGGGUCCCCUUCGGCCCUUCGUGCCAGAGCAGGAGCUGCUUCGAUCCCUGCGUCUCUGUCCCCCACACCCCACUGCACGCCUUCUGCUGGCCACUGACCCUGGAGGCAGCCCAGCCCAGCGCAGACGCACCAGCUCCCUUCCCCGAUCUGAUGAGAGUCGAUACUGACAGGAAACCUGGGAGGGCAGACGUGCUCCCUCCUACAACUUGCAACCCACUCCACAUUUUUUUUUCUUCCUCUUUCUUGAACGAAUGGGUUGCCAGGGUUCUAAAUAGCCUAAUACUUUGUAGCUUUUCUUACCACAGAAGACACCCCUAUACUCCCGACCUGUGCUAUGAUACUCUCCCACAGACAGGCUGCUCUGUUCCCAGAUCUCUCGGGCUAAAUGGCUCCUACUGACUCCCUAGAGAAGCACACUCUGCUUAUGGUCAGACUCCAGACCACCAGAGAUCCCAGGGCCUCCUCUGCCAGGGAAACCUUUAAGGGGUGUCCUGCCAGUGGAUUAAAUCCCUCCACAGUGCCCACUAGUAGCUCUAAUCCUGCAUCUUCCUGCCAAACAAACCUGCCCCUUUAGUCUGACAAGCUCUGCUUCAGAGCAGUUCGUGCUGGUAGGACCAGGGGGUGGCUUCUCCUCCCAAUGUUGCCAAACUCUUACCCUGCGAGUGUUAUGUAGAUAUGUCAGGCUAAGGCUACUGGGGGCCUCUGCUGGAGACACACAGACUCCACCCUUUGUUCAGAUAAGCUGAGUCUGUCUCUGGGUACUAGAUCCCCUGCAAACACUCCAGGACCACUUAGCUGGGUCUCUGAAGAUAAGCCUGGUUCUUUAGAUCCUGGAAUCCCUGCUGUCCUCCCUGCCUCCCUAGUAAAUAAACUUGUGAGAGUGUCUUGAGAUGAGAUGGGGACCACCCUUGUGCUGCCCCGCCUUCUUUUUCCUUCCUAGCAAGAGCCUCCUUCCCUGCUUCCAUGCCCAGGGUAUAGAAGGACCCCUCUUCCCCUCCCACACCCGCCCUCUAAAUGCAUUAGAUCAGGUGCCUCACUGUGUCCCUAAGUCCUUGGGAGCAGGACCUCCCUCCUCCCUUACUCCUUCCUGACUCCUUUUCCCUCUCAGUGUUGUCUCAAUAAAGUGUGGGUUCUUCUGUGUUUUCUAAAUUGACAUUUUCAGCGAAAAACACCUUAUGGUUUCAGCUUUGUUUGUGCUUCAUGCUCUUCUUGGGGUUUCAGUAGUCUCUACCCUCUUAAUCUUCAGUUGUGAGACCUGCAGCAGAGCUCAAAGCCCCGAGACCCCUUCUGAGUCUCUGCCUCUCCCCACAUUUAUUGCCAGUUCUAUUCUAGAGUUGCAAUGGCUCUGUGUAGACCUCUCUACUAAUUUGGGAGCCUUAGGUCCCCUACACCCAAUAACAUCUAUCUCCUUCCCUGGCCAGCCGUGAUAAGGUGUGGAUUUGUUGGGAGCUUGGGGCCCACUAGCCUCAGGACUGUUUCUGGGUCCCUCUCCUUUCUCCUACUCUCUGACCUCAUGUCUGUACCACAAACCGCACAGUACUCUCUCAAGACAAGUCCUGCCUACUAUCUACAAUCCUCACAGGGUAUGGGGCAUGGUGGCUCAUGCCUUUAAUCCCAACCCUUGGGAGGCAGAGGUAGGCAGAUCCUGAUAAGAAUUUGAAGAUAACCUACAUAGCAAGUUGCAGUCCAGCCAAGGCUACCAAGCGAAAGGCUGUCAAUAAUAAUAAUAAUAGUAAUAGUAUUAAUAAUAACAGCAGCCCAACAAGGUUGAUCAUCUCUAAAGACUGCCCUUCCUUCUUGCUACUGUGGCCUGAGAUUUCUUAUAUUUAAGAGAAUCAUAUUAAGGGAAUCAGACAUUUGGACACCAUGGUUCUACAAGCUCCUUUCUGCAUGCCUCAGUAUUUUUAUGACAAUCAAAUGACAUAAUGAGAUGACAUCACACCCAGCCCAAUUAGAAUAAGGCAACACAGCAGGAUGGUAUAGCCCUCCCCUAUCUUUGCUAGGAACAACCUUAGACAAGAGCCCUGUGGGGUGGUAGCUGCCUCUCUUCACCUUUGUUCCCUGCUAUUCCUCCUUUCUCCUCUGACCCCUCCAUACCACCUUUCAUCCUGAGCCUCUUCCCCUUCAUCUCCCAUUUCUUCUACAGGGAGACUCCCUGGGGGCUGGUAGCCCAAAGCUGCCACUACAGCCGCCAUGGGGGAUUCAAUACCUCAUUCCUGGGUACAGGUAAGUAGUCACUUUUCUUAUUCUCCAAUCGAAUAGGUCACACACACACUACUACAGUCUCCCUAGAUGCCUGGUAUUUCCACAGGCAACCAAGAACGGAAGCAGGGGGAACAGGAAGCAGAGGAUAGGUGAGGUCUACACCUCCCCCUUAACAGCUGCCAGCACCUUCUGACACUGCCUAACAUUACUCUCAGAUGCUUCCUCCUAAGUCUGUGUGAACUGGAUACCAGUUUUCCCACACAUCUUUCUACCUAACAUCGGAUAAGCCUUCUUCCUUGUGGGUUGAACUCUGGUGCUUCCCUCUGCCAUGCUCUGAGUACUGAAGUUUGGACACAGUGUUAACUGUCCCAGCCUUCUAACCCAGCAGGUGUUCUGUACAGUAAAACCUGGCACAGCACGCACACCCUUGAAGAACCUCUAACCAUAACUCCCUUUAGCAGCUCUAACACAUGCUUCAUCUCCCUGCCCAUCAGGUCGGCCAGUGAGGAUCAGGUCUUGUUAAAGGAUGGGUCUGGGGAGGAACCUACGCAUACAGUUGUUCCAAGGGCCCAGGCUCCACCGGCCCAGUCCUGGAUGGUGGGUGGGGACAUACUGAACGCCAGGGUCAUUCGAAACCUGCAGGAACGCCGCAACACCAGGCCUUGGUGACCACAACCAAAGCAUGGCCCUCAUAAUGGAUGUACUCAUUCAUUCAUUCAUUCAACAGGCCUGUCAGCUUCAGAUCCUUUGUAUCUUAUUUUUAACCAGAGCAAUAAAAAUAUUUAUUUGUUAUCA